AUGUCAACUGAUGACGCUUUAUUAUCUAUCACGGAUGCUUUAACUACUUUGUCAUUAACCGCCGAGGCAACUAUAUCUACGACUAAGACUAAUAGCUUUGUCGAAAGCUCGAGAACAUCUGCAGGCUCUACAGCUACUAAAGACUAUAUAACUGUUGAUGGAUUUACAGCUACUGAAGACUCUACAACUGCUGAAAACUCCAUAGCUACAGAGGGUUCUACAACUACUGAGGGCGCAACAGCUACUCAAGUCUCUACAACCACUACCGAAGCCGUCACUACAACCAGUAACGCACCAUCAAUCGAACCUACAUUUGCUCUUCAAGCUGCCAAUUCAAUUCGGGAAAACCUUAACGGCAAAAACCUACUCUACAGGAAGGGCGCUAGCGGCUACAAUAUCUACGUGACGGUGGGUGCGUCGUCGGCAAACCUCUAUGUAACCGGCGACUUUCAUAUCGAGGCGCUUACGAACCGUCUCGUGGUUGGCGACAUGUACGCUUCGACAGACGGAACGGCUCUAGUGCCCCAGACCGCCGCCGACGUUGCCUCUAACAACCGCUUGUAUAUUUCAUGCACCCCACCUGUGCAUUAUGCGCAGAAGCUGGAGUGUGUUGUUAAAGGUACAUCCAGGACGCAGUUUCAUGUUUUUAAUAACCCAUCAUCCUUUACUGUUAUUUACAUUUUUGCCCCGGGAAGUAUUAACAGUAAUAACUACUCUCCAUUCGACCUGAUUGUCGUUCCAGCUUAG